CGUGAGCGCGAGGUUCUCUUUUGCCAUCUUAGCGAUCGUGUAGGGGGACUUGGUGCUCCCUGUAUCCGUCGUCAUCCUUUCCGGUGCUUAGCCCGGCACUCCUCGCGACGCCAUGCCGCCAAAGUUCGACCCCAACGAGAUCAAAGUUGUGUAUUUGAGAUGCACCGGAGGUGAAGUUGGUGCCACUUCUGCUCUGGCUCCUAAAAUUGGGCCCCUGGGUUUGUCUCCCAAAAAGGUAGGAGAUGACAUUGCCAAAGCCACCGGCGACUGGAAGGGGCUAAGAAUCACUGUGAAGCUGACCAUCCAGAACAGGCAAGCUCAGAUAGAAGUGGUUCCAUCAGCCUCUGCCUUGAUCAUCAAAGCUCUGAAGGAGCCACCCCGUGACCGUAAGAAACAAAAGAACAUUAAGCACAGCGGCAACAUCAGCUUCGAUGAGAUUGUGAACAUUGCCAGGCAGAUGCGGCACAGGUCCUUGGCCCGGGAGCUCUCGGGGACCAUUAAGGAGAUCGUAGGAACAGCUCAGUCCGUUGGCUGCAAUGUUGAUGGGAGGCAUCCCCACGACAUCAUUGAUGACAUCAACAGUGGCGCAAUUGAAUGCCCAGCGAGCUAAGACUGCAGCCCAUGUGAAUUCUCAGCACAGCAGCUUCUAUGGUGCUCUGCAACCAUGUGACUGUUCAAAAUAAAAAUGCAGUUUAUCCAGUG